AUGGACCGCGGCACGCUUCCCCACGUUGUCGCCUUGCUGCUGGCUGUCUGCAGCCUCAGACCGACAAGUGGUCUUGCAGAAACUGUCCAUUGUGACCUACAGCCUGUGGAUGCCGAGGUGACAUACGUCACGAGUCGGGUUCCCGAGGGCUGCGUGGCUCAGGUCCCCAAUGCUACCCUUCAAGUCCACAUUCUCUUCCUGGAGUCCUCAAGGGAGGUGUCAGAGCUGGAGCUGACAAUCCAGAAGUCCACGCAAAAUGGCACGUGGCCCCGAGAGGUGCUCCUGGUCCUCAGCGCGAACAAGAACGUGCUCCUGCGGCUACAGGCCCCAGGAAUCCCACUCAACCUGGCCUUCGACCCCAAGAUGGUCAUCUUCCAAGGGCACCCAGGAAUCAACACCACAAAGCUGCCACCCCUCACCACCAAGAGUCAGCUCCUCAACUGGGCAGAUACAAAGGGCCCCAUCGCAUCUGUGGCUGAGCUGAACGACCCUGAAAGCAUCCUCCUCCGUCUGGACCAAGCCCCAGGGUCACCAUCCUCCUGCAGUCUGGAACCCCUCAUGGACAUGGGCCACACGCUCGAAUGGAAGCCGCUCUCUCCGGCUUCUGUCCGGGGCUGUCGUUUGGAAGGUGUGCCUGGCCACAAGGAAGCACACAUCGUGAGGGUCCUGCCAGGCACCGAGGACAGGCCCCGGACAGUGACCGUGAAGGUGGAACUGCGUUGUGCCUCGGGGGAUCCGGACGCUGUGCUUAUCCUGCAAGGGCCCCCCUAUGUGUCCUGGCUCAUCGACGCCAACCACAACAUGCAGAUCUGGACCACUGGGGAAUACUCCUUCAAGAUCUUUCCAGAGAAGAACAUCCGCGGCUUCGUGCUCCCUGACACACCCCAAGGCCUGCUGGGGGAGGCCCGGAGACUCAACGCCAGCGUGGUGGCAUCGUUCGUGGAGCUCCCGCUGGCCAGUGUCGUCUCGCUGCAGGCCCGCAGCUGCGGUGGUGAGCUGCAGACCUCUCCGGCACCUGUCCAGACCACCCCUCCCAAGGAGAGCUGCAACCAGGAGCUGCUCCUGUCCCUGAUCCAGCCCAAGUGCUCCGAAGGCGUCAUGACUCUGGUACUCAAGAAAGAUCUCAUCUCGGGUUAUGGUGCAGCUGAGGGUGCCAGUCGUGGGUGUGGGCACCAUGUAGCCACGGAGGAGGAAGCUGAAGCGCAUGUCACCACCAGGGCCCGGGGACAGCAGGCUUACACAGCUGCCCUUGGCUACCUGGCUCUGGAUGAGCUCCACGGUGUCCGCGUCAGGCCCCAAAUCCAGUUGGCAGCUGUCCAGCUGGAGCAUGAGCUCAGGGAUCGAUGGGGACAUGCUCACCUGCAGGGGGAGCUCGAUGGUGUUGGAGGCCUGGAGGAAGUGCGGGCUGAGAUACAGGCCCAGCUGGAAGGAGAGGCCCUCCAUGUUGAUGCAGUGCACCUUUUUCUGCGGGAGACAGGAGCGGGGGAUGCUGGAGUAGGUGCUGCGCAGGACAAACUGUUCAUCUCUGUCCUCAGCCUGGCAGCUGGGGUCCCAGAAGACAAAGGCCUCGUCCUGCCCGCCGUGCUGGGCAUCACCUUUGGCGCCUUCCUUAUCGGGGCCCUGCUCACCGCUGCACUCUGGUACAUCUACUCGCACACGCGUCCCCCCGGCAAGCGGGAGCCCGUGGUGGCAGUGGCCGCCCCGGCCUCCUCAGAAAGCAGUAGCACCAACCACAGCAUCGGGAGCACCCAGAGCACCCCCUGCUCCACCAGCAGCAUGGCGUAGUGCCCCGCCUGGAGACCUGGGGGCCCCCGAG